UGCAGUGAGGUAGGGUGUUUGCUUUCCCGACUCGUGCGUGCAUGGUUUUAAGAACUGCUCGGUAUCUCGCAUCCGUCACUGACCGGAAUUUCUGUUCAUCAAAUGACAGAACUCGUUCUUUAGUUAUACGUUGAGCUUCAGACUAGAGUUGUGAUUCUUUUCUAACCAUUUUUCAUGAACCUUUAUCAAGUUAAUUUGUAGGAGUCAAAGGACCUCUCGACAGUACGAGGUCGACUUGCCCCUCCGUGACUUCGCCUCAAGGAAACACCUACCAAAAGCUUCUGAAGCAAGGCCUGCCUUCCUUCGGCCCUUAAAAUUUUUUUGGUUGGGAAUCAAAAUUUUGAAAAAAUUAUAUGGUAUCAAAAUGAUCCCCGAAGUGUGUGGAGUUUAAUGGUAUGAUCGCCAUUUUUGACAAUUUCUGUAAAAAAAUGAAAUAUUUUCGAUGUGUGAAAAUUAAGACAAGCUAACCUAACAUAAACUGAAAAGUCAAGGACUGCCUACCUUCGGCCCUAGAGUGACAACCUAAGCUAACAUAAGCUGAAAAAUCAAGGACUGCCUACCUUCGGCCCUUGAGUGACAACCUAAGCUAACAUAAGCUGAAAAAUCAAGGACUGCCUACCUUCGGCCCUUGAGUGACAACCUAAGCUAACAAAAGAUGAAAAAUCAAGGACUGAUUACCGUCGGCCCUUGAGUGACAACCUAACCUAACAAAAGCUGAAGAAUCAAGGACUGCCAACCAAACUAUCUAAAUUCUAAACAAUGUUACUAUUGUAAUUGACACAUUCAACCUUCAUAUGCAAGAGUGAGCUACGUUGGUCCAUUUUGGCAAACGUAGCAGAGUACAGAGCAAAAUGGCAAUCCAGAACGUUGUUCAGUGUUCAAAUAACGACAUAAAUUUCGGCAAGUACUUCAAAGCAGUCACUUCGACGGGUAAGAUAAUAAUGCAGAAGGUAUCACUUCUCGUUCUUUCUUCAAAUACUAAUUACACCGCUGGAAUGAGCAUACAGAGUUUCUGCUGUGGAGGACUUGGUUGGUCCAAUGGGGAACUACGAAAAAUCUUCCGCAGUGAUCUUCCAAGAACGAAAUUCAGCCUCGAAGACCCACAACUUGAAGGUGAUGUGACGUUCUGGUACAAAAUUAUUAGCAAUCUUUUGGGUCCACUGCCAGAUUCUCUUAAAAACAAACUUUCCCAGUUGAAAAAUUUACGAAACUGUGUUUGCCACGAAGAGCUCACGAUUAGCGAUCUCGAUUUGAUCGACAAAAUGCAGCAUCUCAAGAUGCUAUCUGUCGACAUAAUGAAAGACGUUGACGCUUUCUUACGCUCCGACUCAUCAGCGUUCGUAGACAAGUUGUUAGAAGACUUGGACGACCUGCUACAGCAAAGCAUAAUGACAGUUAUUUCAGCUAGUGUCGAGUGCUACAAAGAAUUUCGAGACGAUCUUAUUGGUCGACUCAUCAGAAAUGGUCGUCGUGAGUUGAAAAAAAGUUACGACAGCUUGAAAAUAUUAAAUCCUCUCAACUGGCUCAAUGAUGACCAAUUUCACGAAUUUAGCGUAAAGAAUGUUUUUACGGUGCUCCAACUAUCGCAUGCGGGUGUGGAUAUUGAACAAAGUAACCUCCUUGAAUUAGGUAACAAUAUUCGUUUUCUCGCUAGGGUAAUAAUAUUGAGCGGUGUUUUUGGAUCUGGCAAAACUUCAUUGUGUAGAUACCUUGUACACGAAUGGUGUUCAUACUCUAACUCAGUUCAUGGACUCAACGACUUCGAUCUUCUUAUCCACAUCAGCCUGCAAUGUGUGGUGAGUGACAAUAUGAAACAGUUCAUCACUGAGCAACUCCUACCACUUACUACCAAAGAUAUGAAGCCAGAUGAAGUAGUGCUCCUUCUACAGAACAUACGAGUUCUCUUUGUCAUCGACGGCUACGACGAACGCAACGCUGCUUCUCGAGCUCUCGUGAAAGAGAUUUUGAUGAAAUUUGUCGACGCUAAGAUCGUUCUUGCAUCACGACCAGAAUUUACUCUUGAAAUCAAAAACAUGGUCGGCCAGCACAUCGAGGUCAGCGUGCUUGGUUUUGAUGCGAAGAGGAGAGUGGAGUAUGUAGACAAGGUGAUGACGGCCUUGGAACCCGAUAAGAAAGAGAGGAGAGCCAAAUCAGACAAAUUUCUGUCCAUGAUCGCCAACAAUAGUAAACGCAUUGGAGAGCAGCUCGAUCUUCCUUUGGCUACAUCACUCCUACUUAUUUUGUGGCUUAAAGAUCCAGAAAGCGCCUCAAACAUUAGCUCAUCAACCAGCUUGUACGUAGAACUUUUCAAAAUGUUCCGCUCGAAACUAGUGAAUCGACUCUUGAACCAGUCAUCUAGUCAUCAAGUUCAAAUAGAAAAAGCUGUCGAUGAAUGGUACAGAAAAGUGAUACGAAUAGCAUGGAAAAUGCUAAUCAGUGACACGCUCUACCUGUCUGACGGUGACAGAGAUGAACUGGUCGCUGCAGCAGAGGCUUUGCAUAUCAACCCUAUUGAAACAUUGUCUACAUUCCUCACAUGUCGAAUGCAGGAAUCAUUGUCUGGAACUUCGUACUGCUUCUCAUUUAUGCACAACUCCGCAGUCGAGUUCAUGGCAGCUGAAUACUUUUCCGCAUUUCUAUCAAAUACUGAAAAUGACGAAGUAACUUCUCAUCGGAUUUCCCUAAAUCGCGAACAAGAAGUUUUGAGGGAUUUGAGGAAAAGCGGAAACAUUCUCCGCUUCAGAGAAAUGAUCAUCUACACUUUUGGACUUCUGCCCAAAUCGAACCGGCAGGGCGACGAAGAUUCAAUUCCAGUUCCAAUCGUAGAAUUCUUACUGAAACUUCUUCUGGAAGAGCUAACAGUUUCUGAAGAAGAAACUGAGUUGUGGCACAACAUUAUCACCGAGUCAAGAUAUGACUCUGCAGUACGUUGUGCCAUAGGCGCAGCAAUCAAUUCAAAAUCAUGGUGGACCAUCGAUGAAACUAACAAACUACUCACGAAUGUUCACCUGAGUUUGAUGAGAGCUACCUUCUCGUCUCCUGCAAGGCUGAACGUAGAAACAAAUUUCAAGAGUGCUAGGGACAUCCCUCAUUUGGCUGAAUUCCUGCUUCUGGUUGCAAUACACAAGAACUGUGAUGUUUCGUUGAAUUUCGGUCGACAAUUCAACAUAAUAGAUGACCAGGAACAGAUGGACGAGAUGGUUGUUCCGUUGCUGAGGGCUAACAGCGUCAUUGAGCUCACUGGACACGCCGGAAUUAAAGCCAUGAAGGCUCUAAAAACUGCCACUAAACUGCGGUCGAUAAGCUUACGUAUUUCUUCCAUUGAGUGCCUGAAGGUUUUUGCGGAGUAUCUUAAGCAAUCAUUCAAAAGCUUUCAUUUCAAUCAGAUCUUGCAUUUAGGGAAGAAAACAUUCCUGGAGAACAUCGAAGUAUUCCUUGAUCUCCAACCAAACUCCGUAUCUCCCGAACUUCUACCUCAGCUCAUCUUUUGUGUUAGGAGAUCCGUUCUCAAAUUCUGCGGAGUUUCUGACGAGGAAAUCGAUUGGUGCAUGAAAUGUCUACAAAAGCUCAACAACAAGUUUUCUUUCGUGGUAUUCUUCCAAUCACAAAUCACUUUUUCUGGAAUUAAAAGAUUCUUGAGACGGAAUUCAGAUGCUUGUAAACACAUGAAGGCCAUCCUCGUACAUUCGAGUUACAAGCCAAGCGAGUCUGAGAACAGCUUCCUUCACACUCACACCAGACCCAUCAUCAGAUGGUGUAAGGUGUAGCACCUUGUAGGAAUCUCCAUCCCUUAUUUGUAUCGUACUAGAAGAAUUUCAUCAAUUAUUAUUUAAUUUAAUUAUUAGAUGGGAAGGCCAAAAUCACCAUGAAUUCAGAAGCAAAGAAAACGUCAAGAUAUGCUGAAUCUUCUUGGUCCAUUCUCUUUGUUUUUAAUUCCUUGCAGUCCACGUCCAAAUUGAUAAUAAUAUCGAACUAGAUAUAUUCUCCCAUGUAUACCUAAUUGCAUUUUUUUCAUCUAACACAGCUGCCAAGUUUUAUGUUUAAUCUCAUUUUUUUUUCUUUAUGUACGUGGUCUGUGACGAAAUUUGCGAGGUGGCUAACUUUAUAAAAGAUUGUCUCUGAGGUAUUCAUUGCUGCAUGCGAUCACUGCGCUUGUAACACGUAGUUACAUUUUUCCUUCUCGAUUCAUUUUUAUGUAACAAUUCUCUGCGCAAUUGUUAGCCUGGGGCAUCCUUUGAUAAUUAUUUGAAGAUCACUUUUAAUUAUAAUUAACCAAUAUGAAAAAGGGCAACAUAAGAAAUCGUGUAUAAAAAUUUCAGUUCGAGCAGAAAAGUACCAAAUGUAACUUUUUCCUAAUGUCAUUAAUUUUAACUUAUUGAUAAUAUUACUUUUUAAUAAACAUAAUAUUGAUUUCAUUAUCAUUUUUGAUAAAGGAACCUCCAUGAAUCUGAAUGACGACACCACAAAUGAAUUCCAAACUCGUGUGAUAUUCAGUGUGCCGUUUAUGAUUUAUUGAACGGUAGUUAUUCUUCAUUUUUAAAUGAUUAAUUGAAGAGGCAAUCCUUAUUUCAUGAUUGAUUAUAAAAUAGUCAAGCAUUGAAGUGUGAAGAGAUUUUAUCCUUUGCUUUAUGAUCGGCAGGCGAAGUAUGGUCUGUAAUUCUCAUUUAUCCCAUCGGUAUACAUUAUAUGCGACCUCUUGUGUCUGUAAAGGUAUAUAUAGAUUAUGCGGCCCAUGUGUCUGUAAAGUCUAUGAACGCAUAGAUUAUGCGGCCCUUGUGUCUGUAGUCUAUGCACGUAUAGAUUAUGCGGCCCUUGUGUCUGUAAAGUCUAUGUACGUAUAGAUUAUGCGGCCCUUGUGUCUGUAAAGUCUGUGUACGUAUAGAUUAUUCGACCCUUGCGUCUGUAAAGUCUGUGUACGUAUAGAUUAUUCGAUCCUUGUGUCUGUAAAGUCUGUGCACGUAUAGAUUAUGCGACCCUUGUGUCUGUAAAGUCUGUGCACGUAUAGAUUAUUCGACCCUUGUGUCUGUAAAGUCUGUGUACGUAUAGAUUAUUCGAUCCUUGUGUCUGUAAAGUCUGUGCACGUAUAGAUUAUGCGACCCUUGUGUCUGUAAAGUCUGUGCACGUAUAGAUUAUGCGACCUUUGUGUCUGUAAAGUCUGUGCACGUAUAGAUUUUCUUUUUCUUUGUAUAAAAUUUCUCGCAUUUUUUACGAUUAAUGAUGUAGGAAUGCCAUAAUCUUUAUGCCUUCAUGAUAAUUAUGACAGGUAACAAAUAAACUUUCGUCGAAAUAAUCAUAAUUAAUAUUCAUUAAUUAUAAAUUUUGUUGAAAUUAUGCUUGGCCAAAAUCACCCAUGUUACCAAAUUAGUAACUGGUUAUAUGUUUUUAAGCUGUACUUAGUGCUAAUUUGAAAUAAAAUUACAAAUGUAUGGUUUAUAUUGUUGAUACAUAGAUACGUAUUUUAAUUUAGUGAAUUUUAAUUUGAAAAUACAGUAUGUCUAUCCGCGCCAUUCAGAUAACAAUGAAAUUUUCAUUAUGGCCUUUCACAGAAAGCUAUACCCAUCCUUGCUACAUAAUAUUAACAGCGAGCAAUUAACCUCAAUUAACAAUUAUUAAUAUGUAGACACAGUUUAUAAAAGUUGAUAUACUUGUUACUAAAUGUGUCGUCUUCUUCUUCUUAUUCGUUUAAAAGUAUCUACACUCUGAUGGCCUUCAGUUUUAGAUUAUUUUUCUGCAAUGAAGGCUGUGAUUUAUAGUUAAAUGUAUGUACAUAGUACGUGUAUUUAUAUUCCUUUACAAUUUAUACUUAAAUUUAAAUAAUAUAUUUAUAUUCCGUUACAAUUUAGCAACUCUAGAAACUCGUUGCCAGGCUCACGGUGUUGAACGUGUUGCAUGCCGCCAUCAGAGUCGCAAAUUUGUUCUCUGGAUUACGUACACGAUUUUUUUUAUCAUGAAAAAGGUUGUCAUGCUAAAAUGAAAAUGUUUUAUUUACAUUAUAUUGAUGUACUGUAUAUAUGUACCGUUGAAUUCAGAGAUUUAGAAUACAUGCAUCAUUUUAUUCAUUCUACUCUGCAUCUUAUUCUCUUUAAUUUUAAUAUAUUUAAAUUCUUGUACAAUUCUUUCUAACGCUAGGUACCGCUUAGGAUACUUUUGUUGAUCCCAGAUCUUCCUCGAUUCCUGAGAAACUAUGCUAACUCUUUAUAUUGAUCUAUCAUAGCUCGCUUAGAACUCGUAUGUAACUCAAUUUUUCUGUAUGCAUUAAAGGUUUAUUCAUACAUUAAAUAAAUUAUUUAAUUUAUAAACUCUUGUGUCGCUCGUUAAAAGUCAUAUUUCUUUGUCCAUAUACAAUAAAAAAUUUAUUUAUUGAUUUGAAAGUUGAUGUUGGGUCUAUUUUCAAAUUUGGGUUUGAAUUCCAUGGAAUAAAAUAGACUGAUAUGCAAGCAUAUGUAGGAAAAAUUGAUGAGAGUAUCGUAAACAAGUUGUCAUGGAUAUUUUUUAUUAAAAAAAUCCAGUAACAAUUAAGUGUAAUGCAAUAAAUUACGAUCGACUUCUACUUUGUUUAUUAUUUUAAUGCCGCGUCGCAGGAUCAAAAGAAAUAGCCUUAAUUGCUAAAAUUAUAAACUGAUUAUUUGGUAAGUUAUAAAAAAAAAUG